AUGCAGGCCUCACCGCGUCUCUCCACGAUUACUGUUCACUACCUGCUCUUCGCGGACGGCUGCGCACUCGAUACCAUAUCCGGAGGGGACAUUCAACAGAGCAUGCACCUCUUCGCCACCUGGUGGGCCAACUUCGGACUGACUGUCAACACAGAGGAAACGGUUGUCAUGCACCAAUCACAACCGAACGCAGCAUACAGUGUUCCUCGCAUUCGCAUCAACCGCACAGAACUGCAGAAUAGCGGAAUACUUCGUCUACUUAGGCAGCACACUCUUACGCUGCAUCAACAUCGACGAAGAAUUGACUCACCGGAUCUCCAAAGCCAGCCAAGCUUUCGGCCGGCUGCAGAACUCCGUAUGGAACCGCCAUGGCCUCCGCCUGAUCAACAAAACUGA